AUGUCAUCCGGAGUUGCUGGUUGUACUCAAAUCGCUUCAAAGAGUAUAGAGGGUCGCAUGGAGGCUCAAGUACAGCUCAUGAAGUGUCAAAUUGACUUCCUACAUGAUGCUUUGGCCGAGGUUAAGGAGGCAAACCGAGACUUGUCUCAAUUGCUUUCAAAUCAGCAAGAUAAAGCUAUGGUAAGUUUUGAGAAAAUUGCUGAAAAUUUAAGAGUCUUAUGUGAUCGUUUUGAAGUUAAACAAGUACCCUCGUAUGCUGGAAUGUUGCAAGUGUCAUUGCCUUUGUUUUAUGGUUGUCAUAGAGAAUAUGAUACUUGGGAAAAGAGCAUAGAGAAUUUGUUUGUGUUGCUUAACAUAGAGAAAGAGAGUGAGAAAAUAGCCUUAGCUAUAGGUUGUUUUCGUUCUAAUGCUUUGAAUUGGUGGAAGCUAGUUUCAAAUAUCUAUUCGCAUUAUUGGUAUCGUAAUUUGGAUGAUUGGCAUGAUUUGAGAAGUGAUUUGCGAGAAAGAUAUGCUGGUACUAACACCUUUGAUGAAGCAAAAGUGAAGUUGCUCAAUUGUAAGCAGAAUGGUAGAUCCAUUCAAUCUUACUUUGAGGAAUUAGAAGGGUUGUUUCUGAGUUCAGAUGUGGAUGAGAACGACUACAUGUUGACAGACCGUUUCCACUAUGGCUUGGACAAGUGUUUCAAACAACACCCAAAGAUAAGGAGACAAUCAAGGCUCUAUGAGGCAUACUAUGCUGCCUUAGAAGUGGAAAGAGAGCAUGAUACUUCUUGUGGUUGGAAUGGUCCAAUUGAGGAUCAGGGGCCAAUCAAGGAAGAAAGGAUGGAUCUUGACUACCUAUGUGAUAGGGAGUUGGUUCAAGGGAGCUAUGAUCAAGGUGAUGAGAAUGUCAUUUACUUUGGGGUGCAAACCAAAGGAGAUGAAGACCUCAUGGAAAUAAGUGCUGAAGAGUAUCAAGAGAGUUUGACUCUGUGUAUAGAGGUUGAUGAUUCGAGGACGAAUCCUCUUAAAGAAGGAGGGGAUGAUGAGAAUCAUGUAGCCUUCCAUGGAGGUUCUCCUAGUGAGGAGAAUGAGCUAGUCCUUCAUUCUAGUAUUGGAAUGCCAAGUUUACUUUGCAGGCCAAACAAGGAAGAAAGGAUGGAUCUUCACUACCUGUGUGAUAGGGAGUUGGUUCAAGAGAGCUAUGAUCAAGGUGAUGAGAAUGUCAUUAACUUUGGGGUUCAAACCAAAGGAGAUGAAGACCUCAUGGAAAUAAGUGCUGAAGAGUAUCAAGAGAGUUUGACUCUAUGUAUAGAGGUUGAUGAUUCGAGGACGAAUCCUCUUAAAGAAGGAGGGGAUGAUGAGAAUCAUGUAGCCUUCCAUGGAGGUUCUCCUAGUGAGGAGAAUGAGCUAGUCCUUCAUUCUAGUAUUGGAAUGCCAAGUUUACUUUGCAGGCCAAUCAAGGAAGAAAGGAUGGAUCUUCACUACCUGUGUGAUAGGGAGUUGGUUCAAGAGAGCUAUGAUCAAGGUGAUGAGAAUGUCAUUAACUUUGGGGUUCAAACCAAAGGAGAUGAAGACCUCAUGGAAAUAAGUGCUGAAGAGUAUCAAGAGAGUUUGACUCUAUGUGCUCCAUGA